AGACUCGUUGAAAAUCUUUGGGUCCUUUUCGUCUAGCAUAUCUGACGCGUCAAUAAAAACACUUAUUAGUGUGUGCAAGCAGCACUUACCACUUAGGUUUUCUAAAUGUCCAUCAUAGACGGUUAAUAUAGCGCGAAUCGUACAAUAUUUAACAGUAAAUAAUAGACCUAAAUGCUUGUGUACUCUCAAGUUAAUAGCGAGCACCUUCAUCAAUGAAGAUGCCCAUGUUCGUGCACAUCUAGCGUUAGUGCAUGGCACACGGGCACUACUUUCCUGUCUGUUAAUACAUUAAUAAUCAUAUUGUGUAACAAGUCAUUAGGGAGAUUUGUUUAUUAUUGUUGUUGCACGACGCUAUAUGUAACUUAAUAUCCCAGAAAGGAGAGUCUCGUCAUCAGUCGAGAGAAGAAGGGGUGACUUAAGUUAGCUCGGGUCACGUAAUCGUUAGGGCCGUUGGUCGCCGGUAGAGUGGAUAGGGACGCAGGAUCGCGGGGUACGGGGAGCGGAGCGGUGUCCGUGUCCAUACCAAGACUGCUUGACGACAGCAUGGCCACCGGCAAGGGGGAGAGCAAAGCGUCUCUUUUGCAGAACGAACGGCUCCGAUUCAUCGUGUGUUUCUUUGGCGUGUUCGUGUGCUACUUUUACUAUGGAAUACUGCAGGAGACAAUCACACGAGGAGACUACAGUCAUGCAGGGAAGACGGAGAAAUUUCAUUACGCCACCACACUAGUCUUCAUCCAGUGCAUCAUAAAUGCUGCUUUUGCCAAAAUUUUAAUAUUGUUUUUCGAGGGCUCAAGGCAGGACCAUACAAAAAGCUGGCUCUAUGGCUUGUGCUCUCUGUCUUACCUGGGUGCCAUGGUGUCCAGCAACUCUGCACUGCAAUAUGUCAACUACCCCACACAGGUGUUGGGGAAAUCUUGUAAACCAAUCCCAGUAAUGAUUCUAGGUGUCACAAUCCUGAGAAAAAGAUAUCCCAUGGCGAAAUAUCUAUGUGUGUUUCUGAUCGUCACUGGGGUCGCGCUCUUCCUCUAUAAACCCAAUAAGGGCUCCACCACAUCAGAUGAGCAGACAUUUGGCUUUGGAGAAAUGCUGCUGCUGCUGUCUUUAACUCUGGAUGGGCUGACAGGUGUUUCUCAGGAUCACAUGAGGGUGCGGUUUCAGACCGGUGCCAAUCACAUGAUGUUGAAUGUCAACCUCUGGUCCACACUAAUCUUAGGAAUAACUGUGCUGUGGACAGGUGAAGUGUGGGAGUUUUUGACAUUUACUGAACGGUAUCCUGGCAUCAUCUCUAAUAUCCUCCUGUUUGGUUUCACCAGUGCUCUUGGACAGACCUUCAUCUUUAUGACUGUUGUGUAUUUUGGACCGCUCACCUGUUCUAUUAUCACAACAACACGGAAGUUCUUCACCAUCCUGGGUUCUGUGCUGCUGUUCGGAAAUGUCAUCAGCACUAUGCAGUGGUUUGGCACUUUACUUGUGUUCCUAGGUCUUGGACUGGAUGCCAAAUUUGGAAAGACUCCCAAGAAGACGACACAUUAAAGACCUUCUGCACGAGGACUCCCACAAAUGUAGAAAUGUAUUCUCUUAACACUACCGCACUAAUUUCAUCCGUGGUUUACUGCAGAUAUUUAAUUUUUAGCACUCAAAAUAUUGUUAUUAUGCUGAUGUUCUGAACAUUUAAUUAUGGGAUAUAUUUGCCCUUCAUCUCUCAAAAUGGUAUCCAUAGUAACAAAGAGAAAGUGCAGACUACAUUGUGUCUGUGUCUAAUCAUAAUCUGUCAUGCUGAAAUUUUGAAGAAAUAUCAAAAUAGAUAAGGGUUGGAGGAAGAUCCUCUAUGAAACCGUAGCUUGAAAAGUGCGCACGGCACAGCUUGAUUGUACUUCCUGGAACACUCCCAGUGAGACAACCAUUGAAUUUUUAAGUACCCAGAUUCUUUUGACACAUAUAAAUAUACCUCCCAGUCAGAUUAGAAAUAAAACAGGCGGGCUCUGCUUUAAUGAUAGUCUUAAUUUAGGCAGUGGAUUCUGUUUAACAUCUGGUUAUUGUCAAUGCAUUCCACAGGAAGUGUUUUUGUGUGUGUGUGUGGUGUUUACAUUGUGUAUGAAAUACACAAACAUCAUUUACAGACGGUGGGAGGCUGUUAACUAAAGUUUACAGUCAGACCUGUAUAGAUUUUCUUUGUCAAAACAUGACAUCUGGUAUGAAAAGCCAUGUUUAUAUUCACAUCCUGAGUAAUGCAGCUCAUGUUUCUUGUUUGCGCAAAUAAGCAAAUGUUUAGAAAGUUCACAUUUUUUACACAAAAAAAGAUCUCAUCUCUAUUAUACUGUGUCUUUACGUCAGAAUAAAAAUCAUAUUUUAUAAAUGAA